GACGAAUUUACAUUUGAAAUGGAGUUUCAUUUGCAGUGUUGUCCCUCUUUAAAAUAAAGAGGGCGGGUACCUUUAACUGCACAAUUCCACAACUUCAACACUCCGUCUAAGGGAGAGAAUCCACAAGCAAAGGCAAUAGAAAAUGGCAGAAAACGAAGACAUUCAGCCUCUUGUUUGUGACAAUGGGACUGGAAUGGUCAAGGCUGGAUUUGCUGGAGAUGAUGCUCCAAGAGCUGUAUUCCCUAGCAUUGUUGGUCGCCCACGUCACACAGGUGUGAUGGUCGGUAUGGGCCAAAAGGAUGCUUAUGUGGGAGAUGAAGCUCAAUCGAAAAGAGGUAUUUUGACUUUAAAGUACCCAAUUGAGCAUGGUAUUGUUAGCAAUUGGGAUGACAUGGAGAAAAUCUGGCAUCAUACCUUCUACAAUGAGCUUCGAGUUGCCCCUGAGGAACAUCCGGUUCUCCUCACAGAAGCUCCUCUUAACCCAAAGGCCAAUCGUGAAAAAAUGACUCAAAUUAUGUUUGAGACAUUCAAUGCCCCUGCUAUGUAUGUUGCUAUCCAAGCUGUUCUUUCCUUGUAUGCCAGUGGCCGUACAACCGGUAUUGUUUUGGACUCUGGGGAUGGUGUGAGCCACACAGUCCCUAUCUAUGAAGGCUAUGCUCUUCCACAUGCCAUCUUGCGUCUCGACCUAGCUGGUCGUGAUCUCACUGAUGCUCUCAUGAAAAUAUUAACGGAGCGUGGUUAUUCUUUCACAACUACGGCUGAGCGGGAAAUUGUGAGAGACAUGAAGGAGAAACUAGCUUACAUUGCUCUUGACUAUGAACAAGAGUUGGAGACAGCAAAAACCAGCUCUGCCGUUGAGAAAAGCUAUGAGCUACCUGAUGGACAGGUUAUUACCAUUGGGGCUGAACGAUUCCGUUGUCCAGAAGUCCUCUUCCAGCCAUCCAUGAUCGGGAUGGAAGCUGCUGGCAUUCAUGAAACGACAUACAACUCAAUCAUGAAGUGUGACGUGGAUAUUAGGAAGGAUCUCUACGGAAACAUUGUCCUCAGUGGUGGCACCACUAUGUUCCCUGGAAUCGCUGACAGGAUGAGCAAGGAAAUCACAGCAUUAGCCCCAAGCAGCAUGAAGAUUAAAGUGGUUGCACCACCAGAGAGGAAGUAUAGUGUUUGGAUAGGAGGCUCCAUUUUGGCAUCCCUGAGCACCUUCCAGCAGAUGUGGAUUUCAAAGGCAGAGUACGACGAGUCUGGGCCAUCAAUUGUGCACAGGAAAUGCUUCUAGAGAAGAGCUAUACAUACAGUACACGUUUUGUAUCACAGCAAAGCUUAUAAAUCAAGUGGUUGCUUUCUUUUCUUUUCUGCUCUGUUAAUUUAUUUCCCCCCCUUUUUUUUUUCUGCCUUCUUUGAGUUGGUUUCCAGUGUUGCUUUAUGGAGGGAUUCUUUUUUUUUUUUUUGAGUGUAGAAGAGGUGGUGUAUUGAUUGAUUUGUUACCGAUAUGGUUUUGGACUGAAUCAGAAAUUCUUUUUAUUAUAAUUUCACUAGCCUUUAUCUAAUAUGAAGAACUAUUUUACUCUUGUUUUAAA